AGGGCGCAGUCCGAGCUCCACGCUCGCCGCAGCCCGGCUCCUGGCGCGGCCCAUCAGCCCGGCCGGUGCUGGCGCCCUGCCCCGCGGCCCGGGCGCCCUCCCAUGCCGGUUGGAGCCGCGCGGCCAGGGCUGCGGCAGCGCCGACCCAGAGCGCGCGGCGGACACCGGGCACUGGAGGCGGAGGUUCCCACGCCGCACACGUGGGGGCCCUCGGCAGGCCCGGCCGAGCCGGCGGCAUGGGGCAGGCGGGCUGGAAGGGGUUCUUCCAGUCUGCGUUCGACUACAAGACCGAAAAGUAUGUGAUCGCCAAGAACAAGAAGGUGGGGCUGCUCUACAGACUGCUGCAGCUCAUCAUCCUGCUGUACCUGGUCGUAUGGGUGUUCGUGAUAAAGAAGGGUUAUCAAGAUACUGACACCUCCCUGCAGAGUGCUGUUGUCACCAAAGUCAAGGGCGUGGCCUACACCAACACCUCGGAGCUCGGGGAGCGUCUCUGGGAUGUUGCAGACUAUGUCAUCCCACCCCAGGGAGAUAACGUCUUCUUUGUGAUCACUAACCUGAUCGUGACCACCAACCAGCGGCAGAGCACCUGUGCUGAGCGUGAAGGCAUUCCUGAUGGCAUGUGUUCUCAGGACCAGGACUGCCAAGCUGGGGCACCCGUUAUAGCUGGAAAUGGAGUGAAGACUGGCCGCUGUUUGCAGGCUGGGAACUCAACAAGGGGCACCUGUGAGAUCUUUGCCUGGUGCCCAGUAGAGACACAGUCCAAGCCCAAGAAGCCACUCCUGAGGGACGCUGAAGACUUCACCAUUUUCAUAAAGAACUAUAUUCGUUUUCCCAAGUUCAAUUUUUCCAAGGCCAAUGUACUGGAAACAAAGAACAAAGGUUUUCUGAAAUCCUGUCGCUUUGGCCCCAACAAUCACUACUGCCCCAUCUUUCGGCUGGGAUCCGUGGUCCAGUGGGCUGGGAGCACUUUCGAGGACAUUGCCCUGGAGGGAGGUGUGAUAGGAAUUCAUAUCGAGUGGAACUGCGACCUUGAUAAAGCUGCCUCCGAGUGCCAUCCAAGCUAUAAUUUUAACCGUCUGGACAACAAACAUGCCAAAUCUGUUUCCUCUGGAUACAACUUCAGGUUUGCCAGAUACUACAGAGACCCAGCUGGGGUGGAGUUGCGCAACCUGAUGAAAGCCUACGGGAUCCGCAUCGACGUGAUAGUUAAUGGCAAGGCAGGGAAGUUCAGCAUCAUCCCCACGAUCAUCAACAUCGGCUCCGGGGUGGCACUCAUGGGAGCUGUGAGUACCCCUCCCCCAACACACUGUCUGAGCCGGGUGGAGAAGAUAACAGGCCACAUUCUUCCCUGCAUGGUGGCCCUUCCACAUGCUUUCAUCAAGUAG